GACUCUUUUUUUAGGCAUGAACGCGGAGACCUGCGUUUCAUACAGCGAUAUGACAUCCAUGGAUUCAUAUUAUAGCCCCUCUGCUGCGCAAGGUAGGGAUCACCCGGCGGACCACUUUAGGACAUUCCCGGCGACUGACACCAAAUACAGCCCCGCCGCCUUCCUGCCCAACAAAGGUCAGGCUUACGGAGAGAAGUCCCGGAGCCCCUUCCAGCAGGAGUGCCAGUCAUUGGAUGCCGCUGCAGCUGGGCAAGGCACUUUCAGCAAAUACCACCUCUUCAUGCAGAGGUCGUCUUGCAAAACACCCCCCGAAGAGGACAAGCUGCAGCAGGAGAGGGGACUGAACGGAGCGCUCGUCUCGUGCUAUGGUAAAGACAGUUCAGGUCUGACAGACUCCGACUUGGGCCCGGACUCCGACUCUCCUGGGAUGGACAGCAGAUACCUGCCGGUGAAGGACCAGGGCGUGAAGGCGGCCUCCGACCGGCCGCCGGGCACAGACUUGGGGAGCCCUCUGGACAAGGCCGACAGCGGCGAGAGCAACAAGGGCAAGAAGAGACGCAACCGCACGACCUUCACCAGCUACCAGCUGGAGGAGCUGGAGAAGGUCUUCCAGAAGACGCAUUAUCCUGAUGUUUACGCCCGAGAGCAGCUGGCACUGAGGACCGACCUGACCGAAGCCCGUGUGCAGGUAUGGUUCCAAAACCGAAGAGCGAAGUGGAGGAAGCGGGAGCGUUUUGGUCAGAUGCAGCAGGUCCGGACACAUUUCUCCACCGCCUACGAGCUGCCUCUCCUGACCCGUCCAGAGAACUACGCUCAGAUCCAGAACCCGUCCUGGAUCGGCGGCAGCAGCGCGGCGUCCCCCGUGCCGGGCUGCGUCGUGCCCUGCGACACUGUGACCCCCUGCAUGACGCCCCAUCCCCACUCCGCCAGCGGAGUGUCCGACUUCCUGAGCGUGCCGAGUCCCGGGGGUCACGUGGGUCAGGCCCACAUGGGCAGCCUGUUCGGAGGAUCCCCCGGCAUGCCGGCGGGCAUCAACUCGUACGAUCUCAACAUGGACCCUGACCGCAAGUCCUCCAGCAUCGCGGCUUUACGCAUGAAGGCCAAAGAGCACAGUGCCGCCAUAUCCUGGGCCACAUGA